AAGGAUUGUAAGGUACUUUCGUUUCGUGCUGAUUGCACACAGUAUUUAAUUUGUGUCAGAACAAGAUACCAGUAACCAAAAACGAUCAGAUGGAGGAAUGGUUAUGUACUGGAGAAUAAUAGUCUAGAGAACAAUGGUAUGCAUAUGAAUCAAACUCUGUGACCAGAAGAGCUCGUGUCCGAAACAAAGAACUAGGUGUUGAGAGAGUGUAUGACAACAGUGGAGAUAAAAUUGCAGUGAUUCCUGGGACUUUUAUGCAUGGUAUAAAAUAAGGUUAAAAGUGAGUAAGGUUACAUAUGUUAACUUUAAUUAUAGGGGAAUCAUAAGAUUGCUUUUAUUUUUUUUCGAGGAGGAUCAGAAGCUUGGACAUGUGAUACAAAGCAUAAAAAUAGAAGAAAAAACUUCCCGAUAUUUCUUUCGUGGAAACAAAAAUAAAAAUCGGAAAUGAUGAUAUGAAACUAGAAGAUAAUUGAUAUCGGCUGACCUCUGAUGAUGGCGCACCCUGGGGUUCCAAAAGACGCCAGAAACAUCACGUUAUUGACGUUGAUGUCAGGUUACAGCCUUAUCUUCAUUAUUAGUCUGUUAACCAAUCAGAUAGUGUCCGUGAAAUCGAAAAGUCCGAGAAUUCAAAAAAGAUUUACGCCAGACGAUGUUUGUACGGAAACAUUUAAAACUAUUAAUCCUGUCAAUGAGUGUCCAACAGAUGAGGAAUCUAUUAAAAGAAGGUCUAGUGAAUUUAAUUGCAAAGAUGUUCGUGAUUCUUGUACCAGUGAAGAUUUGGUUUAUCACUGCGUACAUUCAGGCAGAAAAAUCUUGGAAGUUUGCUCCCCAAGACAUUAUGUUACAGGUAAAUACUGUGUCCAGUUUGACAACGGAGUUGGGCGAGUAAUAGAAGAUUUUAGUGUUCCUUGUCCAGAGUGUCCGUUCCAACAUUACUCAAACGAAUCCAUUACCUAUGCAACAUGUCUGAAAAAAAUACAGUCGUUGACUGUUGUUCAAAGCACCGUGAUGUCAACCGAUGUAUCCACAACAAGCUUUAUAGCUUCAACGUCAACACCGGAUACAACGAAUUUGAUCGGCAAUAAGAAUUGCACGUCCUCUAAAAGACGUAGUAAAAGAAACGCUGAUUGCAACCAGUGUUGCCAUAAUGUACCUUUUAGCACUUCCUCGGGUCAUAUCUUUGGCAUUUCCGUUCCUGUCGUUUUUGUUGUUUUUGGUAUUUGUUCAGCCCUGCUUUAAUUACGUUAAAAAGGACAUUCUGAACCUGAAAAAGAAGAAAAUGAAGAAAAACUAAAUGGCUUGCCAGAUGUGUAAUGGUUAUUUCACACUUUCAACAGACUGAAUGAGUUUGUCGAAAAAUCUCAGAAGACAGCCAAUGGUCUUUUUUUAGUUCGGAGAAAACUAUUACUAUGUUCGAUUUAUUUGAAAUGAUUUCUGGCUCUCAACAGGACACAUAAAUGAAAUAAAAUGAAGUGCAAUGUUUCUGAUGUACUGUGAGAAUCGUAAGGGAUGGUACAAGUACAAGUACCUAUAUUAUAAACAGUGUGGAGACGUAUUUUUUUUAAGUUAUAUUCAUAUGGUAUUUCAAUUUGUUUUAUUCUUAUUUAUAGAUUAUACUUUUAUCGUUCAAGGUACCAUGUACUAAAAAGCCCAUUUUAUUUAUUUUAUUAUCAUCAUUUUAAUAAUCUUAUUACAAUCAUUAUAUGUCUCAUUUGAUUUUGGUUAUACAAUUAUUUUCAAUUGAAUGUUUAAUACUAACGCGUAUCAAGCAUCACUACGAUUAUAAUAAAAAUAUAUAAUAGAGUAAAUAAUACCAAUCAACAACACAAGUAAUCUUACAUUUUUGCACGUGAAUUAAUAAGGCGCUAAUCACUUCAAUAUCACAUUAGAAUCUUAUAUAUUUUAACAUGAAUUGUUUUUAUAUGUUUUCACUUGUGUGUUUUAUAUGUUAUACAUUUGUGUGUUAUGUUAUGUGUAUGUGAUACACUUGUUUUAUAUGUUAUCACUUAUGUUUUUAUAUGUUAUACACGUGUGUGUUUUUUAUCGUACGUGUGUCUUCGCAAAACUUUAAUGUGAUAAUUGUUCUCUUAUGUGUAUAUAUGUACAUUUUAUUAUAAAUAUAUUUCUAUAUUUCUAGUCGGUAAAAGAUCUUUAUAGCU